UUGGAAGCGAAUGCACCCAGCCUGACUGGAUGGAGAUGCAAUGUUUGCUGCUCAUUGGCUCCACACUAUCAUCUUCACAAAGUUAUACUUCGUUCAAGCUGCAAUUACUUUCAUUCACUAUUCAGAUCAGGAAUGCAAGAAAGCUAUUUACAGACAUUGAAGGUGUCUAUGAGCUGGGAAUCACUAGUGAAGUUAGUGAACUGGUUCUAUUCUGGUGAAUUAACUAGGCCCAUUUCGGGAUGCCUAUGGGAUAGUUUGGACGUCGAGAAGAAGCUAGAAGAAGUUAGGUCAUAUGUUGAGCUAUAUUAGCUCGUAGAUUACUGGCUAAUAGAUGGUGACUUGCGCGAGGAUUGCUUUAGCGUGGUUGUUUCUAGCUUGGAUUCAUGCCGGGAAUUGUCAAUCAAAAUAAUGCAAUUUGCGGCAGAUCUCUCUGAGUGGAAGCUAGUUAAAGUUG